GGGUCAUCUUGUGAGACACCGCAAGGCGGGUUAGUUGGUAAGGUGGGUGGUUUUUGGUUGGUAAAUAGUAAUUAUGACAUACAAGCACCGAUUGACACUCAUAUUCCUGUUUCCGUCGCAGGGUGUCUUACCUUCUUUUCCCCUUUUUCGUCUCGACAAAAUGUAUAGAUAUCCAUUUCCAUGACUACUUUGGUGCUUUGGGACCUAGCUUGAUGGCUUACCUCCAUGUAUUCCCAAGACGACGAGUUAUCGGCGUGUUAUUGUUUCUCGUUGCCGUGACAUGCAUCGUAAUCUUCCUUCGAACCGAGCAUGGCGCCUACCUACUCAAAUAUGCGAACGACACCAUCAGACCUACUACCUCCACCAAGCCACCCCACCCUCGAUACAAGCCGACUCCGACGUAUACGCCCGCCCCAAUCACCGACCCCUUCCCGCUCCUCGCGACAUCCACCCCGCCUCCCGUGCCGAGAUGGAACCAGCCGCGUGAGAACCUCCACAGGGACUACGGCCUCCCCGUGGCUCCGCCGCUCCUGAUCGGCUUCACGCGCAGCUGGCCCCUCCUGUUGCAGGCCGUGGUCAGCUACAUCACAGCCGGCUGGCCGCCGUCGCAGAUCUUCGUGGUCGAGAACACGGGCGUGCACGGCGCCAACGCCGACGGGAAGCUGACCCUGCAGAACCCCUUCUUCCUCGACCACCGGGCCCUGCGCUCGCUCGGCAUCAACGUGGUCCGCACCCCCGUACUGCUGAGCUUCGCCCAGCUGCAGAACUUCUUCCUCUCCCUGUCGUACGAGCGCGGCUGGCCGUACUACUUCUGGUCGCAUAUGGACGUCCUGGUCCUGUCCUACGAAGAUGGCUUCGACGGCGCCAUGCCGCCGUACCACGACCCGGGCUACAAGACGGUGUACGAGCUCUGCUGCUCCGCCCUCGCCGAGGCGCGCCGCAUCGGAGGGGAAGGUGAAGAUGGCGAGGGCCGCCCCCGCUGGGGCCUGCGGUUCUUCUCCUACGACCACCUCGCCCUGGUGAAUCCGGCUGCGUACGAGGACGUCGGAGGCUGGGAUACGCUGAUCCCCUACUACUAUACCGACUGCGACAUGCAUAGCCGCCUGAACAUGGCCCGCUGGUCCAUGGAGAACCAGCGCGCCGGCAUCGUGGUUGACGUCAGCACUGUCCUGAGCGACUUGCUGGUGCUAUACAGGGUGCCGGGGAUAUCGCCAUCCUUUACAGAUCCAAAUCCGCCUCCGCCAGUAAAACGGGCAGCCAAUGACAGCGGAGAGAUGAGCAGUGGGCAAGGCGAUGUUGCCGCUAGUGCCGAGGCCAAGGACGGUGGUGGAAAGGGGGAGGAGGACGAAAAUCUCAAGUCCUGGCGCGCGAUACUCCACACAUCCGACGCCAUGUUCCACUACAAGAACGGCCCACGGGGAAGGAACAUGUGGCAGACGGCCCAGCAUGGCGGCCAGGGGGAGGCCUUCCACUACGACGCGGCGGGGUUCGCGGAAGGGGUCGAGGUCAUCACCGAGGCCGGGAAGGAGGUCUAUCGCCGAAAAUGGGGUCACCGAGGCUGCGAUCUGAUCACCGGCGCGGGGCUUAAUAUCAGCGACCAGUGGCAGGUGAAAAAGGAUUGGAGAUGAGAAAGGCAGCUGGUCGAAUUGCUAUUUAAAUACACCGCUUGAGGGGACACGGGAGGUAGGUAACCCGGCCGAGGACCUUUCAUUGCUGUUGUGAUACGUAACCUAGACUUUAUAGAGUAGGAUCUGGUUCCGAGGAUCGGAACAUCCGAAUAAUACGCCUUCUCCCACCAGGCGCCCCUUGACGAUUCACUGAUUAUCAUCUCGUUGCGUGAAUCGACUCCGAGGAACUCAAGUUCCCAUGACGUCUUUCUGAUAAGCUCUU